AUGGAGUCACCAAGGAAACUGUUAUGUGCUUUUGAGACCUCAAGCACCAUCUCUGCACCAAGGGCCUCCCUAUCCCCAGAUUCAUCCAUGCAAACCCCGAAGGAGAACAUCCAAGAACAAAGAGAAGCUGAUCCACGACAAGAAUCACAGACUGAUGUCCAACCAAAUAUAGAGCACGCCCACGAGGCCUGCAAUCACACUCACAGGUUCAAUCCAGAACUCAAUCUUAUUGAUUGUUUGAACUUGGCCUCGUCGAAAACUUCAUCAGAAACUCCACAAGAAUCUGAUCCUCACCCAAGAGUUUUCUCAUGUAACUAUUGUCAAAGAAAAUUUUAUAGUUCACAAGCACUAGGGGGACACCAAAAUGCCCACAAGAGAGAGAGGAAUCUAGCAAAAAGAGGACAGAAAAUUGGGGCAUCCUUUUUGGCUGCAUCGGAAGUUUUUGGGCACUCCUAUCUGAACAACCACCACCACCACCACCAACAGAAUUACUCAAACAUAGCCUCUCUUCCUCUUCAUGGUGCUUAUCAUUACAAGUCUUUUGGAAUCCAAGCACACUCAAUGAUCCAUAAGCCUUCCUAUAUACCAAGUGGGCAUAAGAGUUUUUAUGGACAUGGUGGAUGGGUAAGUCCUUCAAUAGAUCAACAACCGGCUAUUGGAAAGCUAGCAGUAGAGAAUUAUCAUUCAAGUGUAUCAACAGGCCUUUCCUCCCGAGGCACUAUAGGGAAAUUUGACAUGGUAAGGACGAUAAUGGCUUCUCCUACCGAUGAAGUGAUCGUAGGUCGUUGGUGUGCUGAUAGUGGACAUUUGAAGAGUAAUCAGGAUGAAAUGCAGAAUCUUGAUUUAUCACUCAAGCUCUAA